AUGUCUCCCUCUUCUCCUCCGGAGGCCGCUAUCCCACGCAUCGACUUUGUUACCUGUACGCGCGACGAGCUCAUUGAGAGCUAUACAAGUCUGUACAGCUCAGUCGAGAAGCUCGGGGAGCUUCUCCGGCAAUCGACGCAGGCGAGCCACAAGCUCUCGGUGGCGCUGUAUUCGCAGAGGGAGGAGAUGCUGGAGAUAAGGGAGUGGCUCGCGCGCCAAACAUGGCGAGAUACCACGGUAAUCCGGCGUCAGGCCGAUCAGUCCGAGGAACAGGCGGCUCAGGCAACUAGGUUCCAGUUGGCCAUGGAUGCGAGUGUUAACCUGGUGCACCGAUUAGACGACAACAUCGCCUAUUUCGUCAAGGGCAGGGACAAAGCCGAGAAGAAGUUGUCCGAGCUUCGCGCUCAGCUCGAGGAGCGCGACGAGGAGAUAAGACUCCUGCAGGAGAAGCUGGCAGGUUCGUGA